AUGAAUGCAGCGCCGGAGUUGGGUGCUACGCUCCGGCAGAACAGCUCUUCCAGGAACGACUUCGCGCACCAGAACGGACCGAACCAUGCCUUGGACUACCAGCACUACGGUGGAGGUGGUGGUGCUGGCGGAGGAGGGCUGCACCAUCAACAGCAGCAACAGCAACAGCAACAACAGCAACAGCAGCAGCAGCAGCAAGCGCAGCAGCAGGAUCUAACCAUCGAUGGCAUCCCGAACAGUUUCCCGCAUCGGCGGUCGCGUGCCUCGAAGACGUUCAAGAAUCCACCCCAACCGCACAUGUGCAUCAAGGAGAAGACACUCGAAGGCAAGGAGGUGUUCAUCAACGUGCUCAGCUGGACGCGGAUCGCGAACCCGGACAACCCGGAUGCACCGAUACCGUUGUACGGUGGCAUGAAAGUGGGCAAGAUUCCGCCUGGCAGUCCGAAGAUGCCGCCCCUGGUGUACGCCGUGAUGGCCAGCCCGGAGGUGCUGAAGAAGGCCGGCCGUAAAUGUCCUGACACACCGGAACGAACCAACCUGGUGGAUUUGAUGUGCGAGUUCGUUGAGGCCAUGAAUCCUUCCUUGCACCUGUCGAGAAAACCUGAAAUACUCAAGGACCGCGACCUGUCGGGUGAGCUGAAGGAUGUGUGGAACGCGGUGCAGGCGUGUCGUGAUAAGGGACGGUCGGAUACCGGUCCGCCGGAAAAUCUAGUCGUGUACACCGAGUUUGGGCCGGACAGCGCCCCCAGCUACGAGCACACCAUACAGCAACAUCAGCAGCAGCAGCAGCACCAUCAGCAGCAAUAUCAGCAACAACAUGAUCAGCUUCCAAAUUCUCCCGACCAGCAGAAUCAUUUUCCACUGUCCCAGCAGCAGCAGCAACAGCAGCAUUAUCCCUUGCUUCAUCAUCAACAUCAACAACAACAAAGUGCAAUUAACCACAACAGCCACAACUCCUCCGUACUGAACAGUAUUGAAUCGAUCUCAGCGAUAUCCGCCGUGGAUGGUAGCAGCUGCGAUAGCGGUACCAGCAAGGUGGUGCCUUCCGUGCUGGGCGUUUCGAGCGUGAACGGUGGUAACGCGACGGGCAGCAACAACAGCACCGACGAAGGGUUGGCGAAGGAAACCGAAAGUCUGAAACUGUCUUCUAGCAGCGGGAGCGGCCACAUGGCCACAGUCGGCAAGACCAACGGAUUAACACUGCCAACGGAUGAUGCGAACGCGCCAACAGUGACCUCGUCUUCUUCCCCAACUGUGCCACAAUCUUCUCCGACGAAUCCGGUACCGACCGCUACCGUGGUGCCCGCAAAGGAACCGACAAAGAGCUCGUCCGGUCACAACUUUUUUCCCAUGUUCCGUUCGUCGAAAAACAGCAGCACUGGGGGCAAUAAUACUACUGGUGGCAGUGUGAAUGGUACCGGUGGAAAUAACGCGCAGUUGAGCGCUUCUGCCGGAGGUGGUGGUGAUAAGGCGGUCCAGAAUGGUGGUAGCGAAACUUCAACACCGGCCCCAACCAACGAUGGCACACCUGAACCGGCCAAGGUGGCAAAACCGAGCGGUAAAAAGAGCGGAUUGAACUUUUUCCGACGAAACAAAUCAUCCUCCAGCUCAUCGACGACGGAUGGUGGCAGCAAGAAGGAACCAUCGACCCCAACCAAGCAACCUCUAGCGGCUGGCGUUCUUCCCAGCGCCAUCGCACCGACAAGUGCGGCCCCAGCCACACCGGCAGCGACCGGAGCUGUGUCGACGGGACCGCCGGAAGGAAAAGUGCUAGGUCUCGCGGACGAAGCCCUCACUCACGGCAUGGCUCAUCGCCACCAUCCGUAUCAUUUAGAGGGCACCGGAAGCGCAACUGGCGGAUCUUCUAGCGGUGGGGGAGAAAUUCUGGAAACGAAUACGGCCACGAUCGCAGCGAAGUAG